GGGAAGGCCGGGGCCGGGGCCGGGCUUUGGGCUGCGGCCGCCGGCGGCUGGGCCGGCGAUGUCGUCGGUGUGCGGGGGGUCGGUGGGCGCCGGCUCCUUGCCCAGCGAGUUGGUGGUUCACAUCUUCUCGUUCCUGGCGGCCCCCGACCGACUUCGGGCCUCAGCCGCCUGCUCGCACUGGCGCGAGUGCCUCUUCUACCCGGCGCUGUGGCCCCGGCUGCGCCUCAGCUUGCGCGUCUGCCCGGCGGAGCGGCCGCGCCUCGACUUCUUGAUGCGCAAGUGCGGCUGGUUCGUGCGCGAACUCCGCGUCCAGUUUGCCGCUGACAAUUAUCCCAGCGGCGGCGGCGGCGGCGGAAGCGCGAGUGGGGUCUGCCAAGAAACGGCGGCGGUAACGGCGGCGGUGGCCGAGGGGGAAGCGCCGCUCUGCCCUCGCUGGCUGGAGCUCUUGAGGACAUACCUGGAGCUCGUGCUCUGCGUAUUAAGCAGCGUCCGCAACAACAGAAUACAGCAGCUAUUUGAAGAAAUUUUGGGAAACAGCAGGCAACUGAAAUGGUUGUCAUGUGGGUUUAUGCUACAAAUUGUAACACCCACAUCAUUGUCAUCUCUCUCAAAUUCCAUUGCCAGCACCAUGGAGCACCUGAGCCUACUGGAUAACCACAUUCCGGGUAAUACCACUCUUAUCACAGCAGUUGAAAUGGAGCGCUUUAUCAAUCUACGCUCGCUUGCCUUGGAUUUCUGUGAUUUUACAGGAGAAAUGGCGAGAGUUUUGGCUGACAAUAACCAUGUGCCUUUGCAUCGACUUUCUCUUCUGGUCCACAAUAUUUCUGUAAUGCACAAAUCCUUGGAGAACAUGCCAGAAGAUGAAGAUUGGAAAGCCCUAACACGCAACAGCACUAAUCUUCGGGUCUAUAUAAUAGCUUUUGAUAUCAAGAGUGAUGACAUGUUAAGGAUUCUUAAACCUAGUAUCCCACUGGAAAGGAUCCAUUUUGACAGCUACAUUACUUGCGUUUCAGGCGCUGUUGUUGAUCUCAUAUCUAGGCAGUAUGAUAAGUUCCUCACUCACUUCAUAUUAAUGAAUGAUGUGAUAGAUAUGUCUGGCUUCCCAGAUCUCAGUGACAACCGGACCGAAGAUCCAUUGGUUUUAUUGGCGUGGAGGUGCACAAGGUUAUCUCUUCUGGCAAUACAUGGUUAUACUGUUUGGGCUCACAACCUGAUUGCCAUUGCUCGCCUUCGUGGGUCUGAUCUGAAAGUGCUUGAAGUAACUGAAGAAAGCAUUGAUUUUGACAAUGGUGAACUGGCUGAUCAGGAUGUAGAUCCAGUGCAUAAUCUCAUUGAGCAGGUAUCCCUUGGAUUGGGUCGACCCUGGCAUGCAGUCAUGGACAUAGAAUUGCUCAGUGUGUUUACUGAGCCAACUCGUCAUUUUUACAGAGAAAUGCAAAGCUUCAGUGAAGGCAUUUAGUUCUCUUUAUUUACAGUUCCUGUGGUUACAUAUGCAAGUAGGGUCCUAUUAUGUUUUUCAGUAGUGUGAAUUAACCCCUCUUGUGCUGUGUUUAAUCAGUAUUAGCUAUAUAGAAUUAUAUAUGUAUAUUCUACUUCUUGAUCAAAGAACGUAGUCGGGUAUUGUUUAGAAGCUGAAAGUGGCAAUGUUUAGGGCUUUCACGGUUAAUGGACUGUCUACAAAACAAAACAAAACUCAGAUGAGGCUGAAGGUUAUUGUGAGAUUGCCAGCUAACUUUCUUUUUGUACUGAGUAACUCUGCAACUUCACUGAUUUUACUAUUGUCGGAGUUUUUUGUGCUCAGAAGCCAAAAAUCUUUUCACUAUUCAUAGCCCGGUGAAUGCGGUCAUUGUCAUGUAAAUUGGUAGCAUGCUACUUAAGCUUUUUUUUUUAAAUCAAGAUGAUCAAUACCAUUUGCUGUAAACCUUGCUUUGAUUUUACAUACAAUAUCUGAAGCAUGAAUUACUGCCAUUCUGCAAUCUCCUCCUUAAAUAUGAACAGUAGUUUCUUGCACUGUGUAGCUUAUUCAGAGGUUUACCUGACUCUGAAGGCUAUAAGCUGUAGUUUCACUGUAAAUUAAUUAUAUCUUCUUUUUCUCGUGUUCUGUCAGCUUCUCUGUCCAGUUAGCUUCGGGCCCAGGUUUGAAAAGAAAUGUUAAGAUUAUACACUCCAGUGGGGUAAAACCCUAACAAUUUAGAUAUAAAUUUAUAAGUCUACUUUGCUUGCAAACAAACAUUAGUCGUGAAAUCCCUAGCAACUAAGUCACUGGAUUCUCUCUGUCAGCGCCUGUGUCAGCUGCCAAAGAAUAGAUUAAAAUGAAGAAGUGCCCACAUGCUGGCAGGGGCAGGCCAAUUUUUGGCCAGCCAGGUACUGCUAGAUUGUAAUAUAUAAGGUCGAAUUUCGACCUGUGGUACACAGCUGUGCUGUGGCUCAGUCAGCAACCUCAGAACUCUUAAACAUGCACCUGUUUCACUGUGAAUAGUGAAUGUAAAGAAAGGAAAAGAAACCGAUACAAACCUUGUUCUAUCACAGGUAUGAGCUGCUAUGAUGCAUGAAGAACAUUCCAUGAAGUAUGUUUUAAAAUCUUGUUAUAUCUGAGAGGCUUUAAAAGCCGAUUUAAACUGUUUCAGGGCAACCGCGGUACAGACGUGGUCUCUGUGAGACUUCCACCUGACCCAAGUUUUAAGUGGUACGAAUGUUGUGCAUUUAACGUUAAGGACAGUCUGCAAUAAUAAAGUAAGUGGCCAACGUGGGUGCCCAGCAGUGCUGAGACCUGGCUGCCAUAUUGUAAGCUUUGGAAAACACAAUUUAUGCAACAGAUGUCCAGAUAUGAUUCUAUUUAUGGAAAAGUUUAUAUGUGUUUUACAAAUGGUUUUACCAUCUUAUAUUAAAAUGACCUUUGACAGGUGUGCGCU